AUGACUUUCCGCAAGCGCAAGGGGCACGAGGAGGAGUGGAUGAAGAGGGGAAACUUCUCGUUAGCCAGUCAUGUGGACAGGAUUGACGCACAGCUGCUGCUAGAGCAGAGGUGGGCCUCCUUUGCUGUCCAGCUCCUGUUGAGCAACAAGCUUGGGCGACUCCAAGACGCCGUCCUCUCCAAAGUCUCGCACGAGGAUGUGAUGAUGAGACAGCGCGGGUCUCAAGUGAGUGCAAGGGGAGAGGAAACAGCGGAGCAGCAGGAGGGAGGGAAGCGCUUGCGCGAGGGGAAGUGCAAGGUUGAGACGUCAGCACACAGGAAGAAAUUGAUGCGGAUCAUGGAACAGCAACUUGACGCGCUUGCUGCUGUUUUGUGUGAAGUCGUCAAGGUUGUUGAGAUGGCUCAGCAAGUUGUGCAUGCUCGUAUAGAGAGGCAGAGGAGGUAA